GUUUUUUCUGGUUUGGUCCCGCCUCUCUCAUGGCACAGAGAGAGAGAGAGAGAGAGAGAGAGAAACAUAAAUAAAGCGCAGGCUUUUCGUUUUUUCCGUUUUGUUUUCUGCUGUAAUUUCAUGCACUGAUGUUAUUUAGCUCUGAUGGCUGAUUGUGUGUCUCGCCUGUUGUUACUUUGUGUUUUCUCGGCUGUGGUUUGGAGCUGUGUGCUGGCCGGACGCAGUGAUGUGAUGGAGCUGAAGGACUUGGAUUUUGACUACAUAGCCGCCGAGCAGGAGACCAUGCUGGUCAAGUUUUAUGCUCCCUGGUGUGGCCACUGUAAGAAACUCGCUCCUGAGUUUGAAGCUGCGGCUACAAGACUUAAAGGUAUCGCGACUUUAGCCAAGGUGGACUGUACGUCAGACACAGAGGUUUGUGGGCGAUUUGGGGUCACCGGAUAUCCUACUCUUAAAAUAUUUAAGAACGGAGUGGAAACAUCGACAUAUGAUGGUCCUCGUUCAUCAGAUGGAAUCGUGGACCACAUGAAAAAGCAGGCGGGGCCCGACUCCAUGCUGCUGAACAAUGAAAAAGACCUUGAGGCCUUCAUCAACCACUUUGAUCCUAGUGUAAUCGGAGUGUUUGAGAGCAGCGACAGUCCUCAGCUGGUGGAGUUUCUGAAAGGAGCCAGUCUGAUGAGGGACAGCUUCCGCUUCGCUCACACCACCGACAUGCAGCUCGGCCUCAAAUACGAGCUCACAUCAGAGGGUGUCCUGCUCUUCAGGCCUCCCAGGUUGGCCAGUAAGUUUGAGGACAGCGUGGUACUACUCAGAGGCUCGUUUUCCAUCACUGGUUUACGCCGCUUCAUCAGAGACAACAUUUAUGGAAUCUGCCCACACCUGACCAAAGAAAAUAAAGAUCAACUGAGGAAGAGAGACCUGCUGACAGCGUAUUAUGACCUGGAUUAUCUACGCAACCCCAAAGGCUCCAAUUACUGGAGAAACAGAGUAUUAAAGGUGGCGUCUCAGUACAAGGAUCAUGGCCUGCACUUCUCAGUGGCUAACCGGCGAGACUUUUUGGAUGAGCUUGAAGAAGAGUACGGUCUGGGUACGACAGAAGGGAGCGACAUGCCAUUUGUCACCAUCAGGACUCGAUUAGGACACAAAUACACCAUGCGUGAGGAGUUCACGCGAGAUGGAAAGUCUUUAGAAAGGUUUUUGGAGGAUUAUUUUGCUGGCAGACUGAAGCGUUACAUAAAAUCAGAGCCUAUACCCACUAACAACAAUGGACCAGUCAAGGUGGUCGUAGCAGACACAUUUGAGGAGAUUGUGAAUGAUCCAGAGAAAGAUGUACUGAUUGAAUUUUAUGCUCCAUGGUGUGGCCACUGUAAGAAACUCGAACCAAAAUAUACAGAACUUGGACAGGAGCUUUCCAAUGAUCCCAACAUUGUGAUUGCUAAAAUGGACGCCACAGCCAACGAUGUCCCACAAGGCUACGAUGUAGAAGGAUUUCCCACAAUAUAUUUUGUUCCUGCGUUGAGGAAGGAUGAACCCAGACGAUAUGAGGGGGGCCGUGAAGUGAAGGACUUCCUCAGCUUCUUGAAACGGGAAGCGACCAACCCCUUGGUGCUUCAGGGAGCGAAGGAAGAAUUGUGAUAUAUCAUGAAUGCGAAGGGGAUGCUGGGAAAUGUGCGUCCAGACGGACCCUUCUACAAGGAGGGGCCUCAUCAUCAUCAGACCUCUUGACCUCCCUCCAUCUCACCCUGUGGGACUGCUCAAUCAUCGAGAAUAAAACAAGUUCAUCCCUGCUGCUGUCAGAGCCAUACUGAUCAUCAUCGUCGUCAUCCUCAUCAUCGUCUUCAUAACCCUCAUCAUUAUUGUCCUCCUCCUCCUCAUCAUCAUCAUCUUCAUCCUCACCAUCAUACUAAUCAUCAUCAUAACCCUCAUCAUUAUCGUCAAGUUAGUUGUUAUUAAGUUAGUGAAAUGUACAGAUUUUCAUCAUCAUCAUCAUCUUCUUCCUCACUCUGCAGUGAUGUUAGUGUGUGUACUGACAUGUUGCAGGCUUGUAGGAUCCUGAAGGCGACAGUGAGACACACCUGUACAUUUCACUAAAUUAAUAACAGAACUAAAUUAUAUGAUAAUUUACAAGCUUCAGUCUUGUACAGCAGGAAAUCCUCUGAACAAACAUUGUUUAACAAUCUUAUAGAAACAAUACAUUUUAACAGAGUUAACUGUGUAAGGUAAGUAAGGUAAAGUAAGUAAAUUAAGUUUACUUACUUGUUUACUUUAGUAGGGUAAAUUCAUGUAAGUAAGUAAGUAAAGUAAUUAAGGUGAAGAGAACACACCACGCCUGAGCUGAGAGCACCGUAAACAAUUAGGAAAUAUGGCUGCUGAGCCCAUGCUAGCUAGCUCGGUAGCUGUUGACUAUGACUAACAAUUUAACUAUCUAUAAUGUCUUUAUGCGCACAAUGAAAAGGCAAGAAGAGCUGAAAUACAAACCUUAAUCACAAAAGAGUAAGUAUUACCAAUGAAACUGAAUUAAACAACUACUCUACAAUUCGUGUUCACAGCUAGAUACACAUCACAAGCUGAAAGCUAAUAUUAGCGAGUUAGCUAGCGAGCUAGUUAAACUCAGUUCAACUGCUCGGUUAACCUAAGGUCCUGGGUAUUUGUAUUUGGUGCUACAUGUGAAGUUAAUGUGUUGAAAUUAAUUAAAUGGAACAUUUGUAAAUUGGUGUUUUCGACUUGUGAAAGUCAUGAGACUGUUGUUACACAAACGAAACUAAAAAUGGCUGCCGGACACAUGUUAAGCCAGCUGCUUGAGCGAGGCUAAAAAUUUAGCUGUGUUUUGUGAGAGUUAGUACAAAUGAAUAUAGUUUUCAAGAAUUUGUCUGCAUUUACUUAAAGACUAAUUACACACCCAAAACAUGGUUAGCGUUUAGUUAAAAACUAAAAUGAUUUAUUUUGUAAGACUUUGAGGAAGACAACAACCUACAUGACUAUAAAUAAAUACAGAAAGGACAUUGUUCAUAUCACACUCUCCAGUGUCACCCAAAUGAGGAUGGGUUCCCUUUUGAGUCUGCUUCCUCUCAAGGUUUCUUCCUCAUAUCAUCUAAGGGAGUUUUUCCUUGCCACAGUCGCCUCAGUUGCCUCAGGCUUGCUCACUAGGGAUAAUUCUGUCUAACAUCUAGGACUGUUUGCAUGCUUUUUGUUUCUGUUUGCAUGCUUUUUGUUUAUUAUGUUCUGUAAAGCUGCUCUGAGACAAUGUUCAUUGUUAAAAGCGCUAUACAAAUAAAAUUGAAUUGAAAUUGAAUUGAAUCAAGCCAAUCAAAAUAAUGGAAAAACUGUUGCUAGUUCUGCCUCUGUAGCGCUAUAACUCUGCUGGAACCGGGGAUAAUGUGUCAUGGUCCUCAAGUAUGGAGACACAUCACAUUAUGCACAUCAGCCAGCAAUAUUACCAGCCUCUGCUGAGGACACCCUCCACCCCUCAUAGUCAUGAGUAUCUCCCUAUUCUGCACAUUUUUGUUUUCUACGGAAGUAGAAUCAAGAUAAAAAAUGUUUCUUGUGAUCUCAAGACAGCAAAAGUUGUUUUCUCAAGAUCACAUUAUCAUGCAUGUAUGUACAUCAUGGAUGACUGCAUCCGUUUUUACUUUAAUCAGAAACUAUCAGGAGGAAAUACCUGGUAUAGUGGUACAGUUUUGAUAGAUUUUCCUGGGUUCACUUAGAAUCAGGAAGAAUCAGGUCUGUGUUCUCGCUGCUGCCACAACCUCUGUACCAGCCGGGGAAGAGAGAGCCAAAGAAACACACAAAGUCAGUGUUAAAGCAGCAGAGCUCUUCAAAGUUUACUGAGGAAACAGGGAGUAUUUAUACAAAAAAAAAAAGGUGUAGUAUUCUGAAUUAUCUAUAUGCAAUAUCUGCAGAGACAAAGGCGUCAGACAGAAGCAUCAGCAGAGACCAGAAGUGGUGGAUGACGUUUCACAAAAUGAGAUUAUGUCCCGCAGUGUCCGAGCUCAGAACAUGUUUAUCAGAACAGAACAGAAGAAGAACAAAAGCUAUCACGAGGUC